AUGCCAUCAUUCAUUACGGAGAAGACAUAUCCCGUAACACCCACUUAUCCGAUCAUUCCGCGCACUGAUUUGGAAAUCGGCAAACAGCUUGGAUUUGGCGCACAUGGUACUGUUUUCGAGGGAUAUUUGAAGCACGUGGAAGGCGGUUCGCGCAAAGUCGCCUUGAAAAAAGUCUUCAUGCUCGAGAAAGAGGUUCAUCACUCGCUAAUUCUCAAAAUUAUGUCGAGUUCAAAAAUCGCUCUCUAUGCAUUUUCACUGUCAAAGAGAGAGUUUGCUGAAGGAGGCUCAUUAUUCGAUCGAAUACAUGGCUGUAGACGUGAUGAUCUGGAAUUCCGUCAGAUUCUCAAAUGGGCAAUUCAGGUCAGAAUCAUCUGUGAUUUUGGAUGA